UCGACCCAUAAUCCGUUUAAAGCGCUUCGGCGUAACACAAAAACCGCGGGAACAUCGCAGUCCUCGGAGAUCUAUUCUCACCACUAUCACUCGGGUGGCAUGCUCAGGAUGUUCCAUGAAUGUCAGGUUGAGGUCUUGGUCUUGUUAUAAAAGUUACACCACUGCCCCCCAGACCGCUCCGUUAUCCUCCCGAGCUCGACUACGUACAUCACCAUGUCUUGGCCCAAACGUUCCCUUGCGGAGGCUGAAGCAAUUCUAUGUGGACCGAGAAGUCCCCAUGAGAUCGAGACCCGUUUGGUCGACGGAAGGCUACAGCGCGUGUACAAGCAUCUAGCACCGUCACUGCGGGAUUUCUGGUUAUCGUCGGUCAAAAAAUAUCACAACGACACCUAUGUUGUAUUCGAAGGGGAGCGGCUCACUUAUGGACAAGUCCACGAGUACGCCACAAAGGCUGCUGGCGUGUACUACAGCGCAUAUGGGAUCCGAAAAGGCGAUCGGAUCUGUAUCUGUUCUCGAAACUGCUCGGAGUUUACGAUCAACUGGUGGGCUUGCCGUGCGUUGUUUGGCGCUACCACACUAAGUCACUACUUACACUUACACCCAGACCUCCUUGGUGCGGUCCCGGUUCUGGUAAACGCGUGGCUUCCUCUGGAGCCUCUGAAAUACUGCAUCACUCAUACGCAAUGCAGACUUCUUCUCGUCGACUUGGAGCGGGCUGCUGUCCUGGAGCCUGUCCUUACAGCUAUGUGUUCUGAGAUAGGUGUGACGGGUGUUCUGGUACUGGAUGCAUCAUGCGAUGCAUAUCUUCGGAAAGGAAUGGAGCGCUACCACGACGUCGUCGAUAAUUUUGUCGGCCAUUGGAGGAACGUCCUGGAUGACAGAUACCCGGUCAUUCAUCCCGAAGAUAAUGCUGCGAUCAUGUUUACUUCAGGUACGACUGGCCUUCCCAAAGGGGUGCUAAGCACGCAACGACAGUUUCUAACAAAUUCGCUCAAUACGGUGGUUGGAAAUCGACGAGCUGCCUUACGACGAGGCGAGAACCUCGAUUCAACACCUUCCGGCCCGCAAAAGGGUGCGCUGAUCGCUGUACCACUGUUCCAUGUCACAGGAACAACCAGUUAUACCAUGAUGGCGACAAUGCUAGGGAUGAAGAUUGUGCUGAUGCGAAAGUGGAUAGUCGAAGAAGCUGCUAACUUAAUACGCCGCGAGAAUGUUUGUGUCGCGGGAGGUGUUCCGGCUAUGGUGUCCGACCUCAUUGAUAGCUCCCUCGCGGGAUACAGACUAGAGGGACUAUUUUUCGGUGGUUCCCCUGCCCCGGAAAUCUUAACAGAACGUGCGAGACAGGUCUUCCCUGGCGCCCAAAUGAGCCAAGGAUAUGGCCUAACAGAAACCAAUUCAAUCUCAGUUGGUAACGCUGGUGAAGACUACGUGACGCGACCAAGUAGCACAGGUCGAGCGUGUCCGGUAAAUGAUAUUAUGAUCAUCAAUGAAGCUGGAGUGUCCGUGCCUCCCGGUCAAGUCGGCGAAAUUUUGAUCCGAGGUCCGAAUGUCAUGAAAGAGUAUUGGCAUGAUCCGGAAGCGACCAGUAAAAUAUUAACGUCGGACGGAUGGCUCAAGUCUGGCGACAUUGGGUCGAUCGACGAAGAAGGCUUCCUGUAUGUCAAAGAUCGCAACGUUAUUAUACGAGGCGGAGAGACAAUUUCCUCAGUGUCGAUCGAAAACGCGGUCUAUACUGAUCCUCGGAUUUUAGAGGUGGCGGCAGUAGGAGUUCCUGACAAACGCUUGGGGGAGCUGGUUGCUGUUGUGGUUUCCAUCAAGGCUCCGUAUCGGGGACAAGUAACCGAAGCAUCGCUGAUGUCAGUAGCCCAGAAAAAUUUACCAAGAUAUGCAAUCCCUGUCAUGAUUAUCCUUCGUGACGAGCCGUUUGAACUUACUCCAUCGGGUAAAAUUAAGAAGGGUGAACUGCGAAAGCUCGCUCGCUGGUAUUGGGAAAAGCGUUGUGCGAAUAUUCAACCGACAGCGAACCUAUAGGCCUUGAUUUUUUAUUUUUCGGAAAUAUCUAUUUAGAAU